AUGGAGCAGAGCGACCAUCUAUGCUCCGCACUGGACUCAGACAUGGACAUGGCAGACGAUAAUCACAUGGAGGGAAUGAACAUGGAGACGGAGGGCAACCAAGCUCAUGACUUUUCUGCCAGACCAUCAGAUGAGACGCGCCAACAUCAGACAAUCAGCGAAGGACCUUCCAGCAGCUGCAGGAGGGUCAGAGUGAGAUCCAGACCCAGACUCCAGUCAACAAAAAGUUUCCCCCCUUACAAUCAGUGUAUAGGAGGACUCAGAGAAGACAAAGAGGGGGAUAGUGUGCUCAAUUCCGCGUUGAGCAUCGCUUCCCAUUCCUCUCUCAGACAGGAAGACAUGGUGAGGGAUGGAGAGAGUGAGUCGGCUCAAGGCAGAGACAGAAAAGAGGGCUUUGAGUUGAACACAAGAUGUGCACGGGAUGAAGUGAGGUCGAAAUGGAGGAUGAGGAGGAGGGAGAGGUUAGGGGGGAGCUACGAAGCUGAUCCAGAUGGAUGGGAGCGCACGAGGUGGAGUGGGAAAAGAAGGGUAGAAGAGACUGGAAGAGAGAGGGAGCAUGAUGACAAGGACACGGAAGGGGGCACAAACAGCGAGUGGAAACACUGCAGGGGUAGAAACUCGAGUUUGGAGAUAGAGAGAAAGGAAAAAGAGGAUGAGGAGAUGAAGAGAUCUCCUAUUUCAGCCGUGGAGGGAGAGAACAAGGGGAGCGGGGAGACCCCAGAGGUUGAAAUGGCUGAGGGCCCCGCAACACACCAGUGGUCCACCCCACAUCCGAUCCUCUCCAAGCUUUUGCACAAGUCCACCUCCUCCUGCUCCUCCAUCAACCUCUCCUCAGCAGAGAGUGAUGAGGUCUUUAGCGAAGGAGAGGACGCAGGUUCAAAGAGGAGGACGUUCAGGAAGUGCCGCUCUUGGAAAACCUACCUGACGAUGAUGCACUGGUCAAUGCGGCGGCAGAGUUCCUGGGUCCAGCUGGCUGGACAUCAAGGUAACUUCCAGCUGAGUGACGGAGGGGAGGUGUUGAAACUGUACAGCGAAGUGGAGGCAAACUGCCUGGAAUCCCUAAUGGGAGAUACGUUGAGACCCUUUGUCCCGCAGUACCACGGCCUGGUCAACAGGGGGGAGCACUGCUACAUCCGCCUGGAGGACCUGCUGAGUGGGCUGAGGAGACCUGUCAUCAUGGACUGCAAGAUGGGAGUCCGGACAUACCAGGAGGAGGAACUGAUCAAAGCCCGGCUCAAGGCCCCCCUGCGGAGUGACAUGUACCAAAAGAUGGUGAAAAUAGACCCGUCUGCUCCAUCAGCAGAGGAACACGCGCAGAAAGGGGUGACCAAGUGCCGAUACCUUCAGUGGAGGGAUGCAACCAGUUCUACGUCCACGCUGGGCUUCAGGAUAGAGGGCAUCAUGAUGGAGGACGGCAGCGUCCGACGGGACUUCAGGAACAUUCUGACUUUAGUUCAGGUCACAGAGGCAUUGCUCUACUUCACCAGGAGUCAGCUGGACAUCCUGAAAGCGUACCACUCCAGACUGCUGGCCCUGAGUGAUGCACUGAAGAAUUCACUAUUUUUCAGAACCCACGAGGUGAUUGGCAGCUCGCUUCUCUUCGUCCACGACCACAGCAGCAAGGCCAGCGUAUGGAUGAUAGACUUUGGGAAGACAACCCCCGUGCCCGACACCAGCGGGCUCCUGCACGACAUCCCAUGGGCAGAGGGGAGCAGAGAAGACGGCUACCUCAUCGGCCUGACCUCCCUCAUCACUUCUCUGAGCCAGGCCAUCAGCGUGGCCUCCUGGCAGCAGGAGGACGGCUGCAGAGGAGAAAAGACUGUUACAUGAAGCACACUGUGGCUGAGACGCCCCUUUAUCAACAGUCACAUUCAGCAUCCGGUGGACAAAGCAGCUACUGUUACAUUAAAAAAUACUGUUACUGCUGCCUCAUUUCAUUCACUUGAAGAGACAACAGAGGAGGAUUUGUUUAGGGGGGAUGUGUCUUCACAGGCUGAGGAAGAGGAACGAGGAAAUUCAAACAUAUCAGCUAAAAUCCAUAGAAAUGUGAUGUGGUUGUCUUGCAAUUUUUAAUACUGCAGAGACGGUGUUUUGUCACAGAUUUAAGAUACUUCAGUCUUUUUUUCUAUCAUUCAUAAAGGGCCAAAAAUGUACUCUCUUUACCUGUGAAUGCUUUUUUUUCUUACUAACUGUUUUUCAUGCGGUUGGUCUGCAGAAACUCACCUGUGUUGCAACCCAAGCUACGCUUAUUUGUUUACAGCAGCAAAGGAAACUCAUAAUGAAUCUGCACAAAUGGUUCAACAGCCUCAUGUUGUUAUAAGUAAAUCUUAAAAAGACUAAACAUGCUUAUAAACAGAUGAAG